ACUAGCACGUAGCAACACACGACGGUAGAAGGAUGUCUCAUGCUGGCAAAAAGAGAAAACUAGAUAAAACCCGCCAGGACAGGCUUUAUUUCGAUAGCUAUUCUGAUGUGACGAUACAUGAAGACAUGAUAGCAGACCACGUCCGGACCAACACCUACCGGACGGCCAUAUUUAGCAACAGCGAGUCGAUUAAGGGGAAAGUUGUGCUGGAUGUCGGGGCAGGAACCGGCGUGUUGAGCAUCUUCUGCGCUCAGGCUGGUGCUAAGAAAGUGUACGCAGUGGAGGCCUGCUCUAUAGCGGAGCAGGCGGUAGAAAUAGUGAAGCAGAACAACGUGGAGGAGAUCGUGGAGAUCAUAAGAGGAACAGUGGAGACGGUGGAGCUACCGGAGAAGGUGGACGUGAUAGUGAGCGAGUGGAUGGGUUAUGCACUACUGCACGAGUCUAUGCUCAACUCUGUACUGUUCGCCCGCGAUAAGUGGCUGAAGCCCGGGGGAGUCAUCCUGCCGAGCAGAGCCGAGCUUUUCAUCACCCCAAUAAGUGACCCGGUGGUGGAGGACCGCCUGUACUUCUGGUACACCGUCAAAGACCGCUACGGCGUCGACAUGUCCUCCAUGUCCGACUUCGCUCAAAAGUGCAUUAAGAACUCAGACAUCACGGUGAACACCGUGGCCAUGGAGGAUGUGCUUUCCCACCCGGCCCGGUUCGCCGAGCUCGACCUGUACUUGGUGACGGUGGAGGAGCUGCGGGCCGUUAAGGGCCGCUUCACGUGCGAGUCGUUCGGCUCAGCUGCUGUGAACGCUUUCUGUGUUUACUUCACGGUCACAUUUCCGUGCCCGGAAAAAGCAGAGUCGCUCGUUCUGUCGACUUGCCCUUUCAACCCGGAGACCCACUGGAAGCAGGCGGUGCUGUAUCUGGACUCCCCCGUGGAGGUGGUGCAGGACACACCGAUAACUGGAGAAGUUAGCAUGUUUCCCUCUGAGGACGGUUCCCGACACAUAUGCAUCCAUGUAGACUAUUCAAUUGGAGAGGAAAAAAGACAAUCCAAGACUUUUUCUAUCCCUGACUGGACAUCUGACCCUCAGUCAUGAUAUAAAUGUAAUACUAACUAGUACCAUUUCACUUAUUUCCUCAAACUGUUCCCAAGCCAGGAAUAGUUAGUUGAUGCCAACCAUUUUGAGUUCAAUUUUACAUAAUAUGCUAAAUUCUGGUUUUCACUCAUUUUUUACAUAAGUUCUGAAAUGUGUUUUUAAACUAAUGUGCUAGAAAUAAAUUUUGAUCUUAAUGUUUGUUAGAUAUCCAUGCUUAUUCUUAACAAAGAGCUAACAGUGAUAAUGAGAACAUACUUGUCACAUCUUUCAGUAUGCAUUUUGUGAAUUGUACUAAUAAAAAUG